CAGGAAAUAUGUAUAUUACACAAACAGACCUCUCUCUCUCUCUCUCUCUGUCGCGUGCUCUCUCUCUCUCUCACUCUCUCUCACUCUCUGUUCUUCCUCACUCUCUCAUGCUGUCAGAGCGGGGGCUGAAGCAAUGCCACUUGAACGUUAAGUGCAAUAGAACAGAGUUGUCGUGCCAACCGGCGCCUGUGCACCGUGACCUCAACACCUGGUAUGUUCUGAGUGUGCUCCAACUCCGGCUCCUCGGAUCAACUAAUUCACCAUGGGAAACUACAUGUGUGGAACACUGAGGAAGAAGAAAAAUGAAGAUGAAGUUAACGGUGAUAGUCAUAGCAGCCCAGACAACAAGGAAGAGGAUGUGACAUACGCCACCAUCGACCAUAACAACACCAAGACAACAGGAUUCAUCGUAGAUUCCGGAGAUAACGAUUGUGACUACGCCCUCGUUAACCUUCCAACGGGCCCAGCCCACCAGUCGUCAAUCAAGGAAGACUGCUCAGACGACUAUGUCCUUAUGGGCUAACCUCAUGGACAAUGUGUGUGUGUGUGUGUGUGUGUGUGUGUGUGUGUGUGUGUGUGUGUGUGUGUGUGUGUGUGUGUGUGUGUGAGAUGACAGAGGUCAUGUGAGUAGGGAGAUAACGGAGAUGCAAGGUGGACAAGAGCUGGGGAAAGCUCGAUAGCACCUUACUGAACCAAAGGAACAGAUAUGAUGCCUGUGACAGUGCCUACAAACUCAACUUGAUGCAGUGUGUGGUUCACUAAUUACAGGGGCUUGCCAAAGUAUUCACUCCCCUUGGCAUUUUUCCAAUUGUGUUGCCUUACAACCUGGAAUUAAAAUGUAUUUUGGGGGUUUGUAUCAUUUGAUUUACACAACAUGCCUACCACUUUGAUGAUGCAAAAU